AUAUUUGUCAGAAAGUAUUACUUUUAGGAUUAAAAUGUUAUAUGUGCUGUCUCGUGUAACUUUUUAUUAUCGAAUAUUGGCAACACUGAAUACCGGUACGGGAUCAGCCAUUUUGAAUUUGAUCCCGCACACGUAUUAUGUGUGUUGAGUCUUGUCCUUAAAUUUCGUAGAAGUCCCUUUCACACGUCAAGAUGGUUAGGGAGGACAAGGCCACCUGGAAAACCAACUACUUCACCAAACUUAUUCAACUUUUGGACGAGUACCCAAAAUGUUUCAUUGUGGGAGCAGACAAUGUGGGCUCACAGCAAAUGCAGCAGAUCCGCAUCUCGCUCCGAGGUCACAGUAUUGUAAUGAUGGGCAAGAACACCAUGAUGCGCAAAGCCAUCAAGGACCAUCUGGAGACUAAUCCGGCUCUGGAGAAGUUGUUGCCCCAUAUCAAGGGCAAUGUUGGCUUUGUGUUCACCCGUGGAGACCUUGUUGAUGUGCGUGACAAGCUGUUGGAGAACAAAGUCCGCGCACCAGCCCGUCCCGGUGCUAUCGCACCCCUCUCGGUCGUCAUCCCCGCACACAACACCGGUCUUGGCCCUGAGAAGACCUCCUUCUUCCAGGCUCUCUCUAUCCCUACCAAGAUUUCUAAGGGUACUAUUGAAAUUAUCAACGAUGUCCACAUCCUGAAACCUGGUGACAAGGUGGGCGCUUCUGAAGCCACCCUGCUGAAUAUGUUGAACAUUUCACCAUUCUCGUAUGGUCUUGUGGUCAAACAGGUGUAUGACUCUGGAACCAUCUUCGCACCUGCCAUCCUGGACAUCAAGCCAGAGGACCUACGCGCCAAGUUCCAAGAGGGUGUGGCUAACGUGGCCGCGCUGUCGCUGUCCAUCGGCUACCCGACGGUUGCAUCCGCGCCGCAUUCCAUCGCCAACGGAUUCAAGAAUCUGCUGGCCCUCGCGGCUGUCACAGAAGUGGACUUCAAGGAAGCCACCACUAUCAAGGAGUACAUCAAGGACCCGAGCAAGUUCGCAGCCGCUGCGGCUGCCGCUGCUCCGGCUGCCGCCGCUCCUGCUGGCGACGCCAAGAAGGAGGAGAAGAAGGAAGAAAAAGAGGAGUCCGAGAGCGACGACGACAUGGGCUUUGGUCUGUUCGACUAAGCUCCUGCAAUAUGGAAACAAGAUCCGUACAGCCGGCUGAUGAUAACACCUUAGUAGCCGGUCUUUCUUGUCUCCUGAAGCCCUCGUCUCGCACCCACGUGGAGGAAGUGUCAACGCCGCCGGGCUGGAUCCCCAUAUGGCGGCCGAUACUUUUUUACAUGGCUCGUGCUUGUCAAUAAAACCAUUUGUGGUA